GAGAAGGUUCUGCGGGUGAUGGAAAACCCCCGGGGCAUCCAGGCUCUGAAAAAUCGGUGUAUCGAGGCGAGGUGCCAAGAUCUUCGCAUCUGGAUCUGUGCUUUCUCCAUCAAUCAGCACGCAAGUAUUUGCGGCGGAUUCGGCCCGGAACCUCCUGCCCUCACACCGGAGCACGCGGUCUACGACAGGAAGCGACGCGACACGGUGUCCACGCAGAUCUACUGCACCUGCAAGUGUCGAACUCCGAAGUAUUUCAACAACGCCAGGGAUCUCUGCGAGCUGAACAAGUUCGACGCGAUGAUGCGGCAUCUGGCUGC